AUGCGUAUCUUUCCGAUCGCAAAUCGCGUCGCCGGCGCGUGGGGUGCACAGAGAGGACGGCAGUCGCCGCCGCCACCCCUGGCAUCGCGCAGGCUGGACUCGGCCGCCGACGCCGCAGCAGCGUCGUUCAACCCCGUCGUCGCUGCCGCCGCUACCACGCAAAGAUGCGCUGCAGCGAAGGGCGCCGCCGCCGUCGAUGCCGCCGCACCGAGGCCGCCGCGUAUCUACCCGGGUCCUCCUCUCGUUGCUGAGACCAGCAAGGAAGAUGCCAUGGAGCCGGAGGCCAAGGAGGAGGACGAGCGACGCUCGUCGACACCGAGUCCCGAGUUCUAUCUGAGAAGAAGUAAACGUUACAACGAGGAUGGCAGCAGCGAGGAGGAAGCUAAGCAGGACAGCACCUCCCUGCCUACCCAUAGGUUGCCAUCCUUGUAUCGUGGAACGUGGCCCAUCAGAAGAGACGUAUGGGCUAAUCAGCAGAUUGGCUUUCCGGCCCAGCAGAGCACAUCACUCGCCGCGCACAAUGAUGUAGCCAGCGUGAUGAGUUUUUCAUCAAACUCCGCGGGUCUCGAAAGCAACUCUGCGGAGUUGCAGGGCCACCGACGACUGGGCGCUAAGGUGGACGUAGUAUAUAAUUUACUGGGUAUGCUUGAGAAGAACGGCCGGGAUGACAUGAGCACUACUCUGCUGUCUAUGAGCACUUCCAUAGAUAGCUGUUUAGUAAUGAGACAAUCGGGCUGUUUGCCGCUGUUGGUGCAGCUUAUUCAUGCGCCCGGGCAAAAUCCUGAUACCCGAGAUAGAGCCAUGCAAGCUUUGCACAACGUGAUACAUGCCAAAAGCGACGAGAGGGCAGGUCGUCGGGAGGCGCGAGUGCUGCGAUUCCUCGAGCAGUUGCGUGACUAUUGUCAGAGUCUGAGGAUAUCCUUGGAACAGGGUCAACCUGCGAAUGAUCUCGAGAGAGGACACCCCGCGACGACGAUAGCCGCGCUCAUGAAACUGUCUUUCGACGAGGCUCAUCGCCAUGCGAUGUGCCAACUCGGUGGCCUCCACGCUGUUGCAGAACUUAUCGAGAUGGAUCAUUUGGCCCACGGCAGCGAAAGCGAUGAUCAGAACUGCAUCACGUUGCGACGAUACGCAGGAAUGGCAUUGACCAACUUGACUUUCGGCGAUGGUAAUAACAAGGCGCUGCUCUGUUCCUUUAAGGAAUUCAUGAAAGCGUUGGUCUCACAACUGAGAAGUCCUAGCGACGAUCUAAGACAAGUAACAGCGAGUGUCCUGAGGAAUCUGUCUUGGCGCGCUGAUAGCAGCAGCAAGCAGACUCUCAGGGAAGUAGGAGCGGUGACAGGUCUGAUGAAAGCUGCUAUGGAAGGCCGUAAGGAAUCUACACUAAAAUCAAUUCUGUCCGCUUUAUGGAAUCUGUCGGCUCAUUGUAGCACGAACAAGGUAGACAUUUGCGCCGUAGACGGCGCGCUAGCUUUUCUUGUGGAUAUGUUAAGCUACAAGGCACCGUCUAAAACACUUGCGAUAGUCGAAAACGCCGGUGGUAUUCUAAGAAACGUGUCAAGUCACGUGGCGGUACGAGAGGACUAUCGAGCCAUCGUGAGAGAAAGAGGCUGUCUGCAGGUUCUCCUACAACAACUAAGAUCGCCCAGCCUAACAGUCGUCAGCAAUGCUUGCGGAGCACUUUGGAAUCUAUCUGCACGGUGUCCCCAAGAUCAACGUCUUCUUUGGGACCUGGGUGCCGUACCGAUGCUGCGUAGCCUUGUUCAUUCCAAGCACAAGAUGAUCUCGAUGGGCUCUAGCGCUGCUUUGAAGAAUUUAUUAAGUGCCAGACCAGGUUGUAAUAAUCUCGUCCAUUUGGACUCUACCGCUCGCGGACUUGGAUUGUCAACUCUGCCAAGUCUGGUCGCUCGCAGGCAGCGGGCUUUAGAGCAGGAGAUUGACCAGAAUCUGGCUGAGACAUGUGACAAUAUUGAGCCGAGCACAUCACCAACCAAUAAAGACGACAAGUUCACGUUCAAACUUGAUCAUAGCUUUCUGGGUAUCAACGCUCACGGCCUGCGGUCCUAUCAGUUGCACAGUCAGCCCAGCACAUCCACCGGAAAAUGCAAUGGAGUUGCCAGAAGCGAGAGUAGAGACUCGAUGCGUUCUGUAACGAGCACGCAUUCCGACACCAUGUUCGAGCGAGUUAAUCGCCACGUUCUGAACGGAAUAUCGCCAACCGAUUCGCAAAUCAAACAACAGUCCUCAUCGCUACACUCCGCGAUCGGAUUCAGCAACAACGGUGCGGGAAGUGACGGUCAUAUGAGAGCCACUUCCUCCGAAAGGAAAUACACUUUGCGUUAUCAAAAUGCAAUACCUGAACAAUUGAGAUCAUCCGACAGUUUCGAUAUGAAUGAGUUGAGAUGCACAAAUUCUACCAUAUCGUGGGCUGCAGCGCCUAAUCAAGAACCUUCUCAAACCUCACUGCAUUCUUCCAUGGAAAACAACAUGUGUCUAGUUGAUCAGAGCGUGUCAUCCUCGUCUAAGGCUGGUAGCCAGUCCAGCGUUUCCGAAGAUAUCGAAGCGACUGUUUGCACUAAAUUAAAUUAUCGGCGAGCAAUCCCGAAAGCGACCAUCAAUGAUUCAAAGCCGGUCUCUUAUCUGUCCGAUGUCUCUUCUGUGAAAGAAAGUGAGAGCUUCGGCAACGUGUAUGCGGAAAAAGCUCUGUUACAUCAACACGAUGCACUAAACAACAUUCAAAAGGCGAUAUCGCCCACAACAAUCGUUCGUAGUUCGAACGAUAAUUUAUUCAGUGAUUACGCCGAAACGGAUUUGGAUCAACCAACUGACUACAGUCUACGCUACGGCGAACAAACUAUAGACGAUGAGAAACAACACUCUGGUUUUUUCUCGGGAAAUGAUCAAGGACUUUUACACGAGGACACGAUCAAGACUUAUUAUACAGAGGGAACGCCGCGCGAAACAUCCUUGAACUCGUCCAGGGCCACUUCCGCUUCCGAUCUGCAAGACGAUACUCGUAUAAGGAGUUUGUCGAAGAAAUCAGCGGAGCGAUAUAAGGCGAGGCAUGUGGAAGAGCACGGUGAAUGUAAAGCAUUGUCCUUGACGGAUGUACCAAAACUAAAUAACUUUGCCGAAUCGGAAACAGAAUUGAAUUUACGAGACGUAACGCACCUUACGGACGAUGAGAGCGCAAAUCGUUCGUUACCAUAUCUUGAGGAAGAUUUGGACAAACAUCUCAAAGACGAUCGAGAAGACACAACCAUACAAAGCCAUUCAAGUGUAAGAACGACGCCAAUUUCAAUGGUAUUAGGAAAUCCUGAAUAUAAUGACGAUCAUGAUGGAGAAUCUAGCUCUAGAAUUAAUAGUCUAGAGUCCAAAUCAAAUAAUUGCAAACUAAAUAAAGAUUUACCGAGUGACAUUGAACUCUCAUCCAAUAGUACUGGUUUAAAAACUUCCAAUAACGAUUCAGGAUAUCAAGUUAGUGAUGGAGACGAGGAUGAUGAGGAUCUAUUAGCCGCUUGUAUUAACAUUGGAAUGCAAAAUAAUCGACACAGGCAUUCCUUUAUAGGAAAUAAUCUUGAAAAACUUCCUCGAGCAGAAGGUAAUCUAACUCGAUAUCAAACUAGUCUUGCCUUGGAUCAGGUCGAGCAUAAUGGAACUGUAAUACCCGAUAGUUUAUUAUUUAAUAUAAAAUAUGCAGAGUCUCGUGGAACUGAGAAUAUUUCGAUGGAGAAGAUUAGAGCAGACGAAAAAAAUGAUAAUGAAAAUCUUUCUAAGAAAAAUAUCCAACUUGAAGCAACAGAAACAAUAAAUAUGAAAGACGAAUACACACAUAGUGAGAAGUCAAAUAAUAUUUCAACUAUGAAAACAGUAAAUAAUGGUCUCGGCAAUAAUUUCUCAGAAGAAGCAGUAUUUGUAUUACAAAAAUUUGAUGCAUUAGAUAAGAACAUUUCCAAUGAUUUUGUAGCAAAUGAUGAAAGCGGCGCGGAUCGAAAAAGUUUCAUUGAAACAGAAGCAAUAAUUGAUGAUCAGCUCACAGACAUUCCAUCUAUGAAGCAAUCAUUCACAAAAGAUUCUGAAAGUAGUGAGUCAAUCGAUUCUGUCGAACAAUCCGAACAUGCACUUCUUGAACUAUGUAUUCAAUCUGGUAUAAAAUCCGAAGGCAACAUCGCUUUUAAUCAAAGUAACGCAGACUACGUUAAGUCGCAGUUAGAGCUAUACAAUAAACAAAUAGAUUUCAUAAAAGAAAGAAAUAACGAAGAAAUAUCUGAGAUUGAUGGCAACAUGAGCGGAAAGCCAGAAGUGACUUUCGAAAUUGUGAGAACCUCGGAUGUUCUGCAUCGUGACAGCGCGGAAAAAGAUAUGAAAGAAGAGACGUAUAGACGACAGAGAGACCCUGAUGCUAUGAUUGCUUCGUUAGAUCGACUUACGGCAACAUUGGUUCAGCAAACUGAAGCGAUACGCGAACGAGACUCCGGCAUGAAGCAAAGCUUGACAUGUGACACGUGGAAUGAGGAUUCACCCAAUGAUGUUUCUUUUCCCAGUAUCAGCAUAAGCGCACCACUAGUUGCUUCGUUUAAUAGUGAUGCGCAAGAAGAUCAACGCAUCACUAUGUCAGAGAACAAUGAACCCGUCAACAUGACAGAAUCGAAGAUUAUUCAGCGCGAAGCUAUCAAGCUGGCGGAAGCGGUAGACGCGGAAGCGAAUAAUCAGAACGAACUUGAAACAACAAGUUUGACGUCUAUCGAUCUCGAGGCGAUCAAACCGCCAUCCUCGAUGGGAAGUUUACUCUCAUUGACAGCAAGCUAUGCCGGUACUGCUGAUAACACCGAGACAUUCAUCAAUCGAGAUAGAUGUUACUCUACAUCGCUGCCACCAGCGUCAAUGAAAAGUUCCAAUGAUUCUCGCAACGUACGGAAGAAAUCUUUGCCGGUCGGCGUAGUGGCCAAGCGAGCAUUGGGUCAAAGUCAGAGCCACACAACUAGCUUGGAAAAUCUGUUGAACGAGUGCACCAGCUCGCAUUUGGAAAAUGUUAAGCCACCGUCCAUGAUGGAUGAACUGCCAGACGUGGGUGAUAUGGAGAAUAGUAUGUUAAGUGUGGCUAGCAUCACAUCGGAAAUUGCAGAUUCGAAGGAACAGGAUUCGCACAGUUUAACCGGCAGUGACCCGGCGGUAUUUGAGAUGUUAAAACCGGUUGCUAACGUAUUGUCCAUGACAUGCAUGCGUUAUGUCGAAGGUAUGCAGAGCAGCGCAAGCAAUAGUCUUAGUGAAUGCUUAGAGAACAUCAAUCCGCCGUCCUUAUUUAACGAGGUGACUGAAAUGGACGAGUCCACAAUGGAGGCGACUACUGAUACUAUGUGUAGUGAUACGCUGUGCAUAGAUACGGAACUGCACACCGAUGAAGCGAUACACUCAAUCGUAGCAGAGGUGAUUGACGAGGUAGAGAAUGACACCGACGAGGCGGCCACGCCAAUCUCAUCCGAGUACUGCGUCAGCAGUUCGGCAGAAUCAACGCCGAAGAAACGAUCACAUUCGAGAAACCACUUGACUCCGAAACAAAAGCGAAAUUUGGCGAAAGAAAGAUACAAAACGUAUACCAUUGCCGCAGAGAUCGUUAAAAAAGAAGAAGAGGAACGUCGCAGGCAAGAUGGCACAACCGAUGGCGCGGACGAUAAAAUCCCUCGAAAGUGUUCUCCCUUUUCAAAACUGACACCAAAGCAACGCAGACAAGAGAAUAGAGCAAGAUUUCAGACACAAGUAUUAGAGAAUCCCUUUCCAGAUCUAAACGUAGCCCAAGCUAAGGAGAAAGCAGCACAUAUUCCCAUUGAAGAUUCCGUCGAAAAACAAGAAGUUAUAUCCCCCGUCAAAUCCUCGAUCCCUACGCUCACAAAGUUGCCCGUGUGCAAGGCACUAAGAAGGAAACGUGGAGAUUCGCAGGAAAACAAAGAAAGAUAUCGCACAAGAACGUUGAACGACUCAGAAUCUAUGUUUAAAGAGAUUGAAUGCAAUCCUAUCUCAAAUAUUGCGACUGAAGAAGGACAAGCAAAUGCGCAAGGAUAUGUGCGAGAGGAGAUUCAAACUAUGCUAGAGCAAAAUGCCACUAUAGUGCUGAACACUCUGAAUGAAUCAAGUAGAGUUAAUGAUUCUAUCGGAGAUGAUAAUCUGCAUUGCAAAACUGUCACUUUGACGAAUAAUCCUGAAUCAGAUCGCAAUCUAAGAAUGCGUUUCGUAAAUGGACUUUCGAAAAAACUCAUGGGUACACAGCAUGCUAAUGAUGUUCAAACUUCCACGAACAUUGAUAAUGAGGAAUUAGAAGCUGAGCAUGUAGAAGUCGCUCACGAUGAUUCGGGCUCGGCAGAACCAAUUGAUUCUGGCAGUGAUGAGGAAUUCAACUGCGCUGAUGAGGAACAGGAAUUGAGAGAGACAAAAAGGCCACGAAUAAUCAAGCCGAGAGUGCCAGGUCGAGACCCGAGUGCGGAUUCCAAUGGGACAGAUAAAUCCGAGCCGGAAAGUCCAAAAGCCAUACGAGGACGAAGGAAGGCGCUUUAUUCCAACCCAAUAACGCGAAAAACGACUCCGCAAUCCUCUCCGUUGAAGCAAGUGAAUCCUGUUAGCGGAAUACCGAUAGGUCGCAGCAAUACCUCACCCAUUGUUAGAGCUACUAGAGCUACCACUUUGCGACAGAACAACAAUAGUUCGACCGCUGCCGCAAAAGAUUCUCCAAAAUCUAAUACGAGUCCAAAGAAAACUCCGUCUUCCGCAGAUACAGAGAAAAAGACACGAAAUCUAGCGGCCAUGUCUAAAAGAGCCUCUGUACCUCAAAAAGGAUCCUCGUUGACGUUCACGAAAUCCAUUAAACGUCACAGUACACCUCCAGCUUGCUCUUCGAACUAUCAGAGCGAUAGCAAACCGCCGGAGGUCUCAAUCAAGCCAUUAGAACGUCAAGGCACCUUUACAAAAGACGAGCCAGAAGUGGAGAAUGCGCCAACAGUGCAUUCCACAUCCGCUUCUCCGAUAAAAACGAAGAUUGCCAAACCGAUCAGAGGCGCUUCAUCGAAGAUAUAUCCGGCAGUAGGAAAAUCCAAGAUAUCUGUGAAAACGCAUCAAGCGUAUCAACCAAAAAUGACAAUGGCCAACAGUUCCGAAAAGGUGCAAUCAGCUAAAGGAUUAUUAAUGGCGAAGAAAGUAUCAUCUGGAAAAAUAAGCGCGUCAACAAAAAUCCUCAACGGUAACGUAUCCCAAAAUGACAAAACCAUUCGGAAGAUUGAACCAUUGGGGCAACGAUCUAAUAGUAAUUCCAGUAUAGUUUCUAAUUCGUCUAUAAGCGUACAAAAUCGUAAGUUGGCGAAGGAGGCGACAAGCAAGAUUGCGAGUCUUUGGAAGAAAGUCGAAGAAAAUAAGAACAAGCAGCGUUUUGAGAAGCCAGAUACCAGACAAUGGAUAAGGCCAGCCAAUAGUGCCACCGAGGUAGACACUGCGGCUGCCAUCAACAAUCCACCGGCAUACAGAUUAUAUCGUAGUUCCACGUUCGAGGGGAUUUCCCAGGAGGACAGCAGCGAUGGUGAGGCGUCGUCCUACAAGUCUAAACCCAAUCGACCGUCGGUUUUGGGCACGCAAGUUGGACCCGCCGGCGUCAAGUACAGGAAUUCUUGUGACUUGACGGGCAUGAACGCUCACGAAGCGCCCUGUAAGAUCCCUGUUAAAUCUUCCGAAACGUACAAACGGGAAACCACGCAACUGGGUAACAUUCUGGUGACCAUGAGAAAACAACCGAACGCCGAUUUCGCGACAGAAACGGACCUUACCAAGAGGAUAUCCAGACUCGGUUCCUUCAUCCGUGUGGAUCCGACGACGGCAACAACGGAAAACAGCAGUAAUGGUGUACGAACGCCAGCUUCAGCGAUCGUACCGCCCUUUAACUACAAUCCGAAGCCAGACAUUCCAUCGCAGAUGACUAAAACUAGGUCAGAGGGUCAGGGUAAAUUUGAGGUGGCGGAUGUUCAAGCGGAGGUAGUCACAGGGUCCACCCGGGUGACGACGGUAUAGAGGGACGACAUUUCCCACAAAUAAAGCGUAAAUAAGUUCUGUAAUAAUCGCCUCCUCUUCGUUCCAGGCUAGUCAUUGUGUAUAUUCGCUUGCUAUAUAUGUUCGUCCACACACAUUCGUCACAUGUGAUAUGCAUUACGAGUAGAUAACUUUAAUCAUUUCUCGUCGUCUCGUCGCGUACACGUUGUGGAGUGCGUGUAGGUCCUUCAACAUUUUAUCCAGGAAAUAGUUAUAGUACUAUCCAUAUCGUCGCAAUACGCAUCGCGAUGUCAACUUCUUUAGUAAGGGCAGAAUUGUGUGAAAUGUUAGCAGGAAAUCUUAAGACCAUUCCUGUCCGUUUUGUCCGUGUAUAUAUACAUGAUGAUAUAGAAUAAUUCCGAGUUUGAAAGAAGAGAGAGAAUCAGUCCAAAAUCCAUAGUGCAUUGCGGUGAUUCUAAUCGAUUAUUUAUUCAAUUUUGUAUAUAUAUAUAUACAAUACGAUAUGAAUGAAAGAUGUAGAAAGUCUUAGUAGCACAUAUUUAAACUUACGUACGAUGUGUAGCACAAUGCGUUGGUGAUCCAUUGCUGUACAUCUUCGUAUUUUGAGAUGAUAAAUCGAAGAGACGAGGCAAUCUAUAUUUUAUUUCCAUCCUAUUAACCAAUUCAUACCAUCUUUCACAAACAGAUACAAAGUCUAAUUACUUUUUGAAGACUGAUAAGUAAGGCGAUGAAGAUCUGGAAUAAGCUCGAGCGUCUUCGAUCGAAAGUUAAUCGUAAUGAGGUAGUAUCGUUUGUAUCGACUGUGAACGUAGAGCGGUCUAAGUAGAGUUCGCAUAAAAUGGCAUUAUAAUAAACGGGGCAAAAAUUUUAUAAACAUUACCUUAAGUUUCUAGUCUACAAACAAUAUAUUAUCUAUUUUCAUUACAUAUUACAUAUAUUAUGAAUACUUGUUUCGUUUAUAAGCAUUAUCUAUCAAAAUCAAUUCUUUUUGGAAGUAAAUAUAUUAUUAAAGCGAUGUACAGAUCAGAUAUAGCUCAGAAUGUUAUAUACUAAUUAUUAUUUAAUAUUAUUGUUUUUCAUUCAAGACUAUGACGCAACUAUAGAUUUUUAAAUAUCUUUAAUUCUAUAUUUUUAAUUUUCUUUUUUUAAUUUUAUUCUUAAUUUUAUUUUUUAUCAUGUCAAUCUUCCUUCUAUGGAUAUCGGAUCGUCAUUAACUCCCAUCGGAAGGAGAUCGUUUGGCACAUGAGCUAGAUUUUAUUAUAUUUAGUUUAAUUGAAAAGUCUGUUACAUCUGUAAGAGAUUUUACCCUGUUCCAGUUCGAGUUAAUUAGAUUUAACUUCGCCAACUUGGAAUCAUCAGGGUACCUUUGUGUUAUUUCCUUAAAAAAAAAUAUUUGAUCUGUACACCAUGAUUAUUUUUGUAAUUAUUUCUUUUUUGUAACAUCAUUGUCACUCCGCUCUAGAUUUUAAGAAUAUUUUGGUUACAUAUCGCGCUUUAAAUUCAUCAGAUAUCUUUAUAGUUUGUACAUUAUUACUUGCAGUACAAUAAAAUUUAUAGCUAAG